AUGCUUCAGGAAGGAGCCCACGGGAAAUGGACGGUGUCUAGCAGUGAUGAAAGUACUGAAGAGAAUUCAGACAGUGACAAACCAUGUACCUCUGCACUGUUGGAAGCUGCACGUGGCAAAACAAGCGGGCCACAGUAUCCGUGCUCUGAAGCUAGGAAAGCUGCUCACAAAAGAAAAGCUUCUCCCCUGAAGCUCGGUGAUAAAAGCUUUUCUACACAAGUAUCUCCAGCAGCAAAACAGAGAACUAGCCAGGAAGGCUCAGGCUGGUGUCUUUCUAGUAGUGAUGAAGAGCCUGAAGAUCAGGAAAAGCACGUCCACAAAGAAGCACUGAAAGAAGAAAAAAAUGAUGCACCCGAAGAACGUCCUCUGAAUCCUCACAAAGAUGAUGAUCUAGAGAACCAGAAAGCAGAGGAGUAUAAUGAAACACACAGUGAAGCCCAAGAUACCUGGGACUUAUUAAAUGGAGGGAAUCCCUUCAGGUUUUUUCUCACUAAAGUCAGAGGAAUUGAACAGAGCUAUAAUUCUGGAGCCCUGCACAUAAAAGAUAUUUUGUCUCCUCUUUUUGGGACUCUAGUAUCUUCUGCCCAGUUUAACUACUGUAUAGAUGUGGGAUGGCUUGUAAGACAGUAUCCGCAAGAAUUCAGGAAGAAGCCAUUGUUGAUAGUUCAUGGUGAAAAGAGAGAAUCCAAAGCUGAACUGAUUGCACAAGCACGCCCUUAUGAGAACAUUAGUUUUUGCCAGGCUAAACUGGAUAUUGCAUUUGGAACUCACCAUACGAAAAUGAUGUUAUUGUUAUAUGAAGAAGGUCUUCGAGUUGUGAUACAUACAUCUAAUCUUAUUGCUGAAGAUUGGCACCAGAAAACUCAGGGAAUAUGGCUAAGCCCUUUAUAUCCAAGGCUACCUCAAGGAGCAGCUAGUUCUGGUGAAUCUGAAACUAAUUUUAAAUCUGACCUAGUAAGUUACUUGAUGGCUUAUAAUUCUCCUGCCCUCAAGGAAUGGAUAGAUCUGAUUCAAGAACAUGAUUUGUCAGAGACAAGAGUGUAUCUGCUUGGUUCUACCCCUGGACGAUAUCAAGGUAGUGAUAAAGAAAGGUGGGGUCAUCUUAGACUCAGAAAGCUUCUGAAAGAGCAUGCUUCCUCGGCCCCAGCAAAGGAAUCCUGGCCUGUUCUUGGACAGUUCUCAAGCAUUGGUUCACUGGGAGUUGAUGGGUCCAAAUGGCUGUGCUCAGAGUUCCUGGAGAGCCUGGUGGCUGCCCGCAGCAAUGCGACAACUCACCUUAAAUGUGAUGUUCCAGUUCAUUUGGUUUAUCCUACUGUGAACAAUGUGAGGCAAAGUCUGGAAGGCUAUCCUGCUGGUGGCUCACUUCCAUACAGUAUACAGACAGCACAGAAACAGCUGUGGUUGCAUUCCUAUUUUCACAAAUGGUCAGCAGAAGUCUCAGGUCGAAGUCAUGCUAUGCCUCACAUUAAGACAUACAUGAGACCCUCUCCUGAUUUUCAGAAGAUUGCGUGGUUCUUAGUUACAAGUGCCAAUCUAUCUAAAGCAGCUUGGGGAGCUCUGGAGAAAAAUGGUUCCCAACUAAUGAUCCGUUCUUAUGAACUUGGAGUCCUUUUCUUGCCUUCAGCAUUUGGACUGGACAAAGGUUACUUUCAUGUGAGAGGGAAAAUGCUUUCGGAAAGUAAUGAUUCAGCAACGUAUUUUCCUGUACCUUUUGAUCUGCCACCAGAACAGUAUGGAAGCAAAGAUCAACCAUGGAUUUGGAAUAUUCCUUACACUGAUGCCCCUGAUACACAUGGAAAUAUGUGGGUUCCAUCGUGA